AUGACUCUACUAGAGAAUCCGCAGGUCGCUACUUGUCCGUCGUUGGUCAAUCUGUCGCAAAAGUCGGAGACCUUCAAUCACCCUCUCAGUUUCACUCCAGCGCCUUCUGUGACAGCGAAUGCUUCCAAUAAAUUGACUGCAAAUGAGCACGAGGGAAAGAUCAAAUUCGCACUGGAGGAGCAUCCCGUUGACAAAGUAAGACCUAUUAAAGUGGGCAUCAUUGGGGCUGGACUCACGGGUAUUACUGCGGGCGUGUUGCUACCAGCCAAGCUGCCUGGACUUGAUUUGCGAAUCUAUGAUAAAAACCGUGAUGUGGGAGGUACAUGGUUUGAAAAUACCUACCCUGGUGUACGAUGCGAUAUACCCGCGCAUGCCUACCAGUCGGGCUUUUCACCCAACACGCAAUGGACGGAGGAGUUUGCUCAGGGUGCAGAGAUUAAAGAAUAUUGGCAAGGGGUUGCACGAAAGUACAAUGUUUAUCAGUACAUUCGAUCUCAGCAACGGGUCCAAAGGGCCGAGUGGCUGAGUGAGGAGGGAAAAUGGAAGGUUACCAUCGAGCACGUUGAUGGCUCUAGCAAGGCCUAUGAAGAAAAAUUAGACAUUUUGAUCAACGCGAUUGGCCAUUUCAAUGCGUGGAAGCUACCUGAUUAUGAAGGAAUCAACGAUUACAAAGGAGCACUCUUUCAUUCCUCCAACUGGGACCAUAAUAUUGAUUUGAAGGGAAAGCGUGUGGCUUUGAUUGGAAACGGAGCUUCAGGAUUACAAGUCCUUCCUUCUAUCCAACCGAUUGCCAGUCAUGUCGACCAUUAUGCUCGCAAUCCAACUUGGAUUGCAGACUCGUUUAGCGGUGGCAAUGGCAGUGCUCGCCGCCUGGAACCAAACCUUAUCUCUGAAGAGCUAUUGGAGUCAUUCAAAGAUCCUCAGGUAUAUCUGAAAUACCGUACGCAAGUUGAAAAGACAUUUUUCCAACGAUUCGGCGCAAUUUUCAAAGACACGCCCGAGAACCAAGAACUGAAGAAAAAAUGGUCAGAUCUGAUGCUAAAACGCAUCGCUGAUAAACCCGAGCUAGGAGAUAAGAUCCUGCCUGAUUUCCCACCAAACUGCCGCCGUCCUACUCCAGGACCUGGGUAUCUCGAAGCCUUGACCAAAGAGAACGUCAAUUAUAUCCAGACGCGUAUUCAACGCUUCACAGAGAAAGAAAUCAUUACAGAGGAUGGUGUUGAAAGAGAGGUAGAUGCUGUCAUUUGUUCCACAGGCGCGAAUACCGACCACGCACCGCCAUUCUCGAUUAUCGCGAACGGCAUCGAUCUCAAAUCAGCUUGGAAGAGGGACGGUCAUUUCGGGUUCCCAUACUCUUACCUUGGAUUCGCGACACCCGGAUUCCCUAACCUCUUCUGGCUCGGUGGUCCCUAUGCAACUGGUCAUAGUGGUACUGUCCCAAACAGCAUCGAGAAUCAGAUCACAUACGUUGUGAAACUCUUGAGAAAGGUGCGCAGUCAGGGCAUCAAAUCUAUCGUGCCAUCUCAGGAAGCCACAGACGAUUUCGUGGAAUACUGUGACAACUUUUAUCCACGCACUGUCUGGUCUGCUAAUUGCAGUUCGUGGUACAAUGGCGGCCAGCCUGGUGCACGUAUUCAUGGGUUGUUCCCUAGCAGUGCAUCUGCAGUAAAUUACAUUCGUCGAGAUCCUCGCUGGGAAGAUUGGGAAUACACUUAUGUUAAUCCAAGUGGAAAUCGCUUUGCUUACUUUGGGAAUGGCUGGACUUCGAGGGAACUCGAGCCAGAUGCUGAUUUGACGCCUCAUCUCAGAGUUCCCGAGGAAAUUGAUCUGCGUUCAUAUCUGGAAGGCUGGUGGGAUGUCUGA